CCAGAGCCAGGGCAGCGAGGAGGCAUCUGACAGAGCCCACAGAGCAGGACCAACCCCGAACAAGGAGCUCGAGAGGAACAACAGACACUUAGGACGCACCUGCCACAGACCCCGAGCACCCCAUCAGCCAAGCGGGCCCCUCAGGAGGAUGGCCAAAGCCCAGACACAGGCAGCCCCCACAUCAGCCAUCCCCACGGCAACUGCAGCGGACCUCCCUCUCCCCCAACCCCCAGCCCUGGAGGAUCUGCCACCACCACCACCCAAGGAGUCCUUCUCCAAGUUCCACCAGCAGCGGCAAGCUAAUGAGCUCCGCCGCCUCUACAAGCACAUCCAUCCUGAGCUCCGCAAGAACCUGGCCGAGGCCGUGGCUGAAGACCUGGCCGAGGUCCUGAGUUCUGAGGAGCCCACCGAGGGUGACGUCCAGUGCAUGCGCUGGAUCUUUGAGAACUGGCGGCUGGACGCCAUUGGGGACCGUGAGAAGCCACCUGCCAAGGAGCCCGUGCCCGGCGGCGACGUCCAGGCCACCUCUCGAAAGUUUGAGGAAGGCUCCUUUGCCAACGGCAUAGACCAGGAGCCAGCUGGACCUCAGCCAUCCAGAGGGGAUGUUCGUGCCGCCCGCUGGCUAUUUGAGACAAAGCCGCUGGAUGAGCUGACGGGCCAGGCUGAGGCACCUGAGGCUACAGUGAAGGAGCCUGCAGCCAGCGGAGAUGUCCAGGGUACCAGGAUGCUCUUUGAAACGCGGCCGCUGGACCACCUGGGCUCCCGCCCCUCCAUCCAGGAGCAGAGCCCCUUGGAGCUGCGCUCAGAGAUCCAGGAGCUGAAAGGUGAUGUGAAGAAGACAGUGAAGCUGUUCCAAACGGAGCCGCUGUGUGCUAUCCAGGACGCAGAGGGAGCCAUCCAUGAGGUCAAGGCUGCCUGCCGGGAGGAGAUCCAAAGCAAUGCAGUGAGGACCGCUCGCUGGCUCUUUGAGACCCAACCUCUGGAUGCCAUCAACCGGGACCCCAGCCAGGUGCGGGUGAUCCGGGGGAUCUCCCUGGAGGAAGGGGCCCGGCCUGAUGUCAGUGCAACUCGCUGGAUCUUUGAGACACAGCCCCUGGAUGCCAUCCGGGAGAUCUUGGUGGAUGAGAAGGACUUCCAGCCGUCCCCAGACCUUAUCCCUCCUGGUCCAGAUGUUCAGCAUCAGCGGCAUCUAUUUGAGACCCAAGCGCUAGACACUCUAAAGGGAGAAGAGGAGGCUGGAACAGAGGUCCCACCCAAAGAGGAAGUGGUCCCUGGUGAUGUCCGCUCCACCCUGUGGCUAUUUGAGACAAAGCCCCUGGACACUCUCAGAGACAACAUCCAAGUGGGUCACCUGCAGCGGGUGGGUCCCCAGGAGGGUGAGGGGCUCAUGUAUGAGCGUCCAUCCAGUGAUGGCUCCUCCCCACAGUCCCUUUCUCAGAGUGCCCCCCAGAGGGAUGGGGUGAAGGGGGAUGUGAAGACCUUCAAGAACCUUUUUGAGACCCUUCCCCUGGACAGCAUCGGGCAGGGUGAGCCUUUGGCCCAUAGGAGUGUGAAUGGAGCAGAAGGAACUGAUUCUGCUGGGCAGUCUCAGGACAUAGGGUCCCCAGUGUACGCCAUGCAGGAUGGUAAAGGCCUCCUCCACGCCCUGACCUCUGUCAGCAGAGAGCAGGUAGUCGGAGGUGACGUGCAGGGCUACAGGUGGAUGUUUGAGACACGGCCCUUAGACCAACUGGGCCGAAACCCCAGUACUGUCGAUGUGGUUCGGGGCAUCACCCGGCAGGAGGUGGUGGCUGGAGACGUGCGCACUGCUCGGUGGCUCUUUGAGACCCAGCCCCUAGAGGUGAUCCACCAACGGGAGCAGCAGGAACGACAGGUAGAAGAAGGAAAGAGUCAGACAGGUCCCCAGCCUGAGGCACCCCUAAAGGGUGACGUGCAGACCAUCCGGUGGUUGUUUGAGACAUGCCCAAUGAGUGAGCUGGCAGAGAAGCAAGGGUCAGAGGUCACACAUCCCACAACUAAGGCCAAGGAAAGGUCCUGCACCUGGAUGUUCGUGCCCCAACCCCUGGACAGGCCAGAAGGUUCCUGGGAGCAGCACCUGCAGGUUAGCCAGGUCCAGGCUGGGGAAAGACAGACAGACAGACAUGUCUUUGAGACUGAGCCUCUGCAGGCCUCAGGCCGUCCUUGCGGAAGAGGGCCUGUACGAUACUGCAGCCGAGUGGAGAUCCCUUCAGGGCAGGUGUCUCGUCAGAAGGAGGUUUUCCAGGCCCUGGAGGCAGGCAAGAGGGAAGAUGAGGGAUGCAGAGUAAUCCCUGAGCCCAUCCCUGCUGGCUCUGUGCACAAGUUCACCUGGCUCUUUGAGAAUUGCCCCAUGGGCUCCCUGGCAGCUGAGAGCAUCCGAGGGGACAACCUCCAAGAAGAGCAGCCUGCAGGCCCCUCAGCCAACAGGGUGCUGGAGAGGCAGAAGACUGCAGCUGAGGGGACCCUGCGGACUCUGCAUGCCACGCCUGGCAUUCUGCACCACGGAGGAAUCCUCAUGGAAGCCCGAGGGCAGGGGGAGCUCUGCCUUGCCAAGUAUGUGCUCCCAGGCCCAGGGCAGGGAGGCCCCCAUAUACGGAAGGAGGAGCUGGUGUCUGGCGAGCUUCCCAGGAUUGUCCGCCAAGUGCUGCGCCGGCCGGACGUGGACCAGCAGGGGCUGUUGGUGCAGGAGGACCCAGCGGGCCAGCUCCGGCUCAAGCCGCUGAGGCUGCCAGCUCCAGGCAGCAGCGGGACCGUCGAAGAUAUGGACCCUGAGUUCCAGCAGUUGCUGGCUUGUGGCCUGGGGACCUCGGUGGCGAGGACAGGGCUGGUGAUGCAGGAGACAGAGCAGGGCCUGGUCUCACUGACCGCCUACUCCCUGCAGCCCAGGCUAACCGGCAGGGCCCCUGAGAGGAGCAGUGUGCAGCUGCUGGCCAGCUGCAUAGACAAAGGAGACCUGAGUGGCCUGCACAGUCUGCGGUGGGAGCCACCAGCUGACCCAAGUCCAGUGCCAGCCAGCGAGGGGGCCCAGAAGCUGCCCCUGACUGAGAGCAUCAUUCAUGUUCCCCCACUGGACCCCAGUAUGGGGGUGGGGCAUCUGAGAGGCCGGGGGGCUACCCCCUGCCCACCACAGGCCAUUGGAAAGGCAGUCCCUCUGGCUGGGGAAGAAAAGCAGGAAGACCGUUGCACUGGGCAGAAAGGGAUGGCAGCUUUGAGAAAGUCAGAAGGAGCCACAACUACACCCCCAGGGCCCGGGACCCCAGACCCCCAGGCCGCCAUGCAGAGUCUGCGAAUGGCAACAGCCAAGGCCCAAAGCCUGCAGCAGCAAGUUGUGAACAAGCACAAGCAGGGCCCCACCCCUGGAGCCACCUCCAAGCCCUUCCAGGAUGGUCUUCGGCAAGCACCGGCCACGGCCACUGUGGCUGCCCAGAGCAACACCAGCCCGAUGGCUGGAGGUGACCCCAGGAUGCCAGCAGUCCCCAGAAAGGUCAGUGGGGAACAGAAAGCACUGCCUGGAGGGCUGCCGGAGGGGUGGGUGACUAUUCAGGACGGCAUCUACACUGCUCACCCCGUGAGGACCUUUGACCCACCUGGGGGUGUCCAGCCUUCUGUGGGGGAACCCCUGCCAAGGGGUAAGGAGACUGCCCUCUCGGCCCAGGCUCCCAGCACACUCUUGGAAGGCCCCGGUCAGAGUCUUGCGCCAGGGCAGGAGGAGCCUGGGGGCUGCACACGGAGGGCCUGGGGGCCUCCAGAGAAGGCCAUGGCAGGAAUAGGCCCAGGGGGCCUCCAAGCUGCAAAGACCACCCUGAAGGCUGACCCUUUAGCUCACCACACUCUGGCCUCUGGGCCUCGGUCCACAGGUUCCAGCCUGCACUCCCAUAAUGCCUCUGUUCCUCCUCCUCCUCUCCCAGCUGCUGUGACAGGACCUGACUUCCCAGCCCAACCCCGCCAUGAUGAGGACUCCGUCCGCCAGGCCUCAGAGCCUCUGCACGACCCCCUUCUCCAUUCCCACAACAGCCCUGCUGGCCAGAGACCCCCUGGGGAAUCACAGACAAAGACAUCAAAACUGGAGCCCACCAUGCCCCCAAGGAAGAAGCCCCAGCUGCCCCCCAAGCCUGCACAUCUAAGCCAGAUCCCCCCUCCUCAGAGGCUGCCCAGGCCCUCAGCUCUGUCUCCCGGCUGCUCCAAGGAGGUGGGGCGAGGAGAACACAGACAAGGUGAUAGAGACGCAGCCAUCCUUCGGCCAGCCAAGGUCCCCACCACUGCGGGCCAGGGCCCCGUAUCUCUGGCAGGAUGCCCCGAUGGACAGAGCCAGCCCAGCCCCCAACGUGGCCCCAGCACUGCGGCGCCCAAGCCCACCAAGAGUCAGGCUCCGGGCAGCAAUAGCCAGAGCCCUGAGCGCCCCAAGCUCUCGGCUCUCAGCAGUGACCCCACCUCACCGCAGAAGAGCCCCAGCCCUCCAGGAGAGAAGCCCAUGGAAGGUUCCCAGCCAGGGGCCCCUGAGAGCCCUGAGAUUCUGCAGGGAAGCCAGCAAGAGCUCCAGGGCCUCCUGAACCAGGUACAAGCCUUGGAGAAGGAGGCCGAAAGCAGCGUGGAUGUGCGGGCACUGCGGAGGCUCUUUGAGGCUGUGCCCCAGCUGAGAGAGGCCUCUCAGGUUCCUGCUGCCCCCUGCAAGCCCGAGGCCUCGGUGGAGCAGGCUUUUGGGGAGCUGACAAAGGUCAGCACAGAAGUGGCCCGGCUGAAGGAACAGACCCUGGCCAGGCUGCUGGACAUUGAGGAGGCUGUGCACAAGGCCCUUAGCUCCAUGUCUAGCCUCCAGCCUGAGGCUAACGCCAAGGGCCGUUCCCAAGGACCCCCAAAGGACCACAGUGCCCACAAGGUCAGUGUCAUGGACAGCAGUAGAGCCAGGCCCAACAGCUCAGGCCAAGAGGUCAGGGGUCAAACUGCAGUCAAGAGCCAAACCAAGGUUACAUGCCAUGCUGAGGUCCAGAGUCAGGCCAAGGUCAGAAAUCACACAGAGGCCAGAGGUCAAACAGCCUCAACUGCCCCUUCCACCAGGGGGCUGGAGACAUUGAGAGAAGAUUCAGGCCUCCCUCGAGUCAAGUGUCCCAGCAGAGAUUCACCCUCCUCCCCAACCUUCAUCUCCAUCGAGUCGGCCACAAGGAAGCUUCCAGAGGCUCCCAGCCCCAAGGGCAGCCCCGAUGUCUCGAUGAAAACCACACACCUGGCCCAGGAUGUGGGCCAGGCCCUGCUCCACCAGAAAGGUAUCCAGGAUGAGGUCAAGAAGAAGGAGGUCACCCAGUGCUCUGGACAGCCCGAGCCUGCCCCUGCCUCAGCCAGCCCCAUGCCCACCGGGCGGCAGAAGAGUGUUGUGAAGCUGCAGACGGGGUCGGGUGGCUCCCACCACUAUGGAGCCAUGAGAAGCGUGACUGAGCAAUAUGAGGGGGUGGACCAUUGCAGGAACACAGUCCUCACAUCCUCCACCACUGUCACGGAGCAGGCAGAGCCGCCCAGGGGCUCAGGCCCCCACCUUGGACCCCACACCUCCCCCUUGUUGCGACAGUUCCUGCGCAGCCCAGCCGCCCUCAGCGGGGGUCUGGCAGAAGCCGGGAUGGUGCGCGUCCCCUGCGGCCACUCCCAGCCAGCUGCCCAGUGAGCCCUACUGCCUCCCACCACAGCCUCCCACCCAUUACUGGGGCGCCUCCCUCCAGGGCCCUGGGACUGAGGUGGGUGCCUACCU